CUGAAGCAACAACAAGACAAAAAAACCAAAACAAUCAAUAAGAACCCCUCAGUAUCUGGACUGUAAUGUGUACAUUGGGCAAUCUCAAAAUGCAGUCUUUUUCACCAUUUUCCUCUCUUUCUUUCUUCCUCCUGUUAACAAUUCUUUCAGGUUUUGUGAAAACUGCCUUAACCCAAGAUGGGUUUUGCUCUGCACCAUCAAUUCUUGACGCUGAUUCUGAUUCCAGCUCUCAGCCGCUUUACUGGAAAGUUACUAACCCCACACUCUCCCCUUCUCAUCUCCAAGACUUGCCGGGAUUUACUCGUAGUGUGUAUAAGAAGGACCAUGCUUUCAUUACUCCUGAAAGCCAUGUAUUCAGCCCUUUGCCUGAUUGGUCGAAUACUUUAGGCGCCUAUCUAAUCACACCAGCAAUCGGCUCGCAUUUCGUCAUGUACUUGGCAAAGAUGCAAGAAAAUUCAAAAUCGGGGCUCCCUCCUAGUGGUGUUGAAAGGUUCAUAUUUGUGGUCCAGGGAAGUGUGGUUCUCACCAACAUGUCCGGGAAUGUCCACAAACUAACAGUUGAUUCGUAUGCUUAUCUGCCUCCCAAUUUUGAUCAUGCAGUGGAAACUGAUGCAGCUGCUACUCUUGUUGUAUUUGAAAGGAGGUAUUCUAGCUUGGAAAAUCAUGUUACUGAGCAAAUUGUUGGUUCAACAGAAAAGCAGCCCCUUCUUGAAACUCCUGGCGAGAUUUUUGAGCUAAGGAAGCUUCUGCCAACAUCUUUAGCUUAUGAUUUCAAUAUACACAUCAUGGAUUUCCAACCAGGAGAAUUCCUCAAUGUCAAGGAAGUUCAUUAUAACCAGCAUGGUUUGCUGCUUUUGGAGGGGCAAGGUAUUUAUCGACUGAGUGAUAGCUGGUACCCCAUUCAAGCCGGUGAUGCUAUUUGGAUGGCACCAUUUGUGCCUCAGUGGUAUGCUGCACUGGGAAAGACACGUUCGCGCUACUUGUUGUACAAAGAUGUAAACAGGAAUCCACUGUAGUGACAUUCGGCAGAUCGCUCUGUUCUGAGUAUCGGUUCGAACAGCAUGCUUUGCACAAUGCUGUGCAAUGUCACUUUUUCUCCUUGAUCACCCUAUCUUUUGGGCUGACAUAAACCUUAUGUGCAUUUAUUGAAUUCUUAGUUAAAACAAUCACCUAUCAUUGUUGGCUUUGUCAGAAUGAGGAAAGAAAGAACUUAAAUAUUUCCAAAUAUCUUGCCAUGUUAUCUUAGCAUGAGAAAGGACAUACGAGAAUGAUACGUCAUACGUC